AUGCAAUUCUCGUCAGUUAUCGUGGCUCUCUUGGCCUCCACUGUCGCCGCAGACCUCCACACCAGGCUCACCUGUCUGAACUAUUCCCAAUCCGUUCUUGGAGCCGGUGCUUCUCAGGCAGGCACGAAUGAUGCUGCGACUAUCGCAGCCUGUAACGCUUACAAACGCCGCAAUACUGGAAACAAACAGUGGGAUACCUGCCCGGAUUGCACCGUUAUUCAGAACAACCAGAUCAAAGCUUGCCAGUCGAAUGGGAAGCAUCUUGGAGGCGAUGAGUUCCUCUUCUACUGCAAGCAGAAUGGUGCGAAUUCCGCUGCAUAA